AUGGCCGCCGUCAGCCGUAGCAGAUACUGGCGGGACUCUAAAUCAAAAUCCAUUUUAUUUCCCCCGCGUAAUAUGACGUCUUUGAAUCUAUUGUUUUCCUUUGUCAUUUGCAUUUUCACUAUCGGACACUGUUCCGGCGACGAUGACCACGAAAUGGAGGAAUUCUUGAAACGGGAGUAUUCCCUGACCAAGCCCUAUCAAGCUGUGGGAUUUUCAAGUUCCUCCCACUGGGAACUGAUGGGCGAUGCUAUGGUAACCACUGAACAGGUGCGACUCACACCUGACAUGCAGAGCAGACAGGGGGCGGUAUGGAGUCGACUUCCUUGUCAUCUGAGCGACUGGGAAAUGCAGGUACACUUCAAGAUUCACGGAAAAGGAAAGAAGAACCUCAAUGGUGAUGGUUUGGCAAUUUGGUACACUAAGGAGCGCAUGCAGAAAGGUCCUGUAUUUGGGAAUAAGGAUAACUUCACUGGAUUGGGAGUUUUUGUGGACACAUAUCCCAAUGAGGAGAAACAGUUAGAGGCACAAAAGAAGAGAUACACUCCAAGCACACAGAGGAUAUUCCCCUUCGUUCUCGCCAUGGUGGGCAACGGCACCAUUAGCUACGACCACGAACGGGACGGCCGGCCUACCGAGCUGGGGGGCUGCAACGGCAUGGUGCGCAACCUGAAGCACGACACAUUCCUCUUCAUCCGAUAUGUCCGCCGCAGGCUGACGGUGAUGAUUGACAUUGACGGUCAACACGAGUGGAGGGACUGCCUGGAUUUGCCUGGAGUGCGGCUCCCGAAAGGCUUUUAUUUUGGUGCAACAGCAAUUACAGGAGACCUUUCAGACAACCAUGACAUCAUCUCUCUGAAACUCUACCAACUGACGGUGUUGCGUAGUAAACAAGAAGAGGAAGAACAGGAGGAGGAAAUCACAAUACCCAGCGUGGAUAACAUGGAGCUUCUCAGAUUGGCUCAGACUCAGGAGGGAAUGAGCGGACUGGCUAUUUUCUUCACAGUUCUCUUCUCCAUGCUGGGCUGCAUCUUCCUGGUGGUUGUCGGUCUACUACUCUAUGGUCACUGGAAUGAGAGCCGUCGCAAGCGCUUCUACUGA